AUGGCUGACGACGCCCCGGAUUGGAGGACGAACCUCUCGGCGUCCGAGCGCUAUGAGAACAUUCAGAAAUUAAAGGCGGUCCUUGAAGCUGCCGACCCGAGUGCCGCUGCAACGUCGCAGUCCGAGGCGUUCUCUGUUGAGAACCAAGCCUACAAGGAUUCCAUCUCCAGAGCCCAAUAUGAUGAGAUCUGCCAGCUAGUUGGUUCAGCCAACUUGGCUCCCCAACAGACCACGGCCACGGCCGACGAGUCGGAUGAUGGUGUAGGGGUCACCAUCGGGCCUUACAGAAACUGUCUGCCUGUCGCAAAUGGUCUUACGUCAGAGGUCUACAGAUGCAAAGACCGGGCUUUGAAGGUCAUUGUCGAGACACACAAUAUUGAGCCUCACAAUCCACACCGAGAGGCAAAGAUCCUCGCAACGUUGAAACGCCCGUGCAUCCCGUUGCUGGAAACCUUUCGGGACCAGGAACAAAGAUUCGUCUUGGUGUUCCCUUACAAGCCGCUCACUCUGGCCGAUGUCAUCGACAAAGGAACGUUUCCACUCCCAAGGGUCCGAAGCUUGUUCAGGGAAAUAUUCUCUGCUCUGAAAGACAUCCACGGCCAGGGCAUCAUCCACAGGGACGUCAAACCAGAAGCCAUUCUUCUCGACGGCCCAGAUGGACCGGCUUACCUUUCAGAUUUCGGAACCGCCUGGCACCCCACCAUGUCGGCCGUUUCCGAGCCGGUCAGCAGCAAGAUUCUGGAUAUCGGAACCGGCCCCUAUCGCGCCCCGGACGCGCUCUUUGGAGACAAGGCUUACGGCCCAUCUGUCGACAUGUGGGCUGCUGGCGCCAUGCUGGCAGAAUGCUGCCGGAACCCCCCGAGCCCCCUGUUCGAAUCAAGACCUACGCACGAAGAUGGGAACCAGCUGGGCUUGAUUCUGAGUAUUUUCAAGACUCUUGGCACGCCCACCAAGGAAACCUGGCCCGAAGCCGCGACCUUCAAGACACCGCCGUUUGAAAUGUAUCGCUCGUUUGAGGGCCAGCCGUGGGACGCGAUCUUGCCGGAUGUUGACCCAGAUGUCCGGGAUCUGGUCGCAAAGCUGGUCCGGUUUGAUUCAAAGAGAUGGACUGCUGAACAAGAGCUGCGAGAAGAGAAAAAGAGGUUGGAGGCCGAGAAAAAGGCAGCAAAAAAGCUGAAGAUACAUUACAACAAGUUCGAUCUCGUGGCCAGGAAGCCAAAGCACACUGAUGCCCAACGCGAGCAGGCCCUGCUGGACCAGCAAGAAGCCCACGAGGCCAGCGGGAAGAAGCUGGCCGGCGGCACCGCCCUGGCCAAGAUGAUCAUCCCCCGCCGCCCCGGCGGCGUUCGCAAGCGUCCGAACCGCCCCAAGAAGCGCAUCGGGCUGACCUACGGCGCCGUCGAGCGCAUCUACCACAAGUACAGGCGGCACCUGAUGCACGUCCAGCGCUUCGCCGAGACGGACCAGAUGGAGAUCGACGCGGAGGGAUGUACCGACAAGAGCCCGAUGGAUAUCGACGCGGAGGGUUAUGCCAACAAGGACCCGUACCAGUGGGAGGACGCGCACGUCGAGCACAUGACGGGCGUGGAGAGCACCGGCAUGUCGGACGGGCAGAUGGAGCGGUUCAAGGCGGACGCGUACAAGGGACGGAAGCUCCGGCAGUUGCACGAGUUCGUGUCCAUGUUCAAAUCUCCUGUCCGCGCCCAGUUCUAG